AAACCCAGUGAGCAACGGAACGCCGAAGGCGAAAUGCUACUCUGCCGAAACCUCUCCCCUUCAAGGCUGAAGCCUCUGCUGUCUCUCUCACUCUUCGCUCAUCCCCUUGCAGGCCCUUCUCUCCACCUUCUCUCUCAGCCUUCAAGACCGCAACAUCUACGAAACCAAUCAAAAUUACUUCUCUUUUUCGAUUACUUCUGUUCACAAUCACAGCAGAAGCUACCGUCCUCCCUCGCUUCUACUCGUUUGUCCCUCACCCGUGAUGGUAAUUACGACGAAGCCACCCCCACAAACGCCGUCUGCCCCGGCUGCGGGGUCCACAUACAGGAUUCGAACCCUAAACACCCUGGUUUCUUCACAGCACCAUCGGCCAAGGAUCCCGAUUACAAUUCUCGUGCCCAUCUCGUGCGAACUUCGUUGUUCGAGCCUGAGUUCUCCGGAUCACUCAAGAAGGGCAUAAUCGUUGAAGAUGAAGCGGAAAAUGUUGAGCCGGAUUUGAUGAUGAAGAAACCUGAGAAACCAAUUGUUUGCGCGAGGUGCCAUUCGUUGAGGCAUUAUGGUAAGGUGAAGGAUCCAACGACGGAGAAUUUGUUGCCGGAUUUUGAUUUUGAUCACACUGUUGGGAAACGGUUGGCUUCGAUCAAGGGGACUCGGUCCGUGGUGUUAAUGGUAGUGGAUGCCGUGGAUUUUGAUGGAUCGUUUCCAAAAAAGGUUGCUAAGUUGGUUUCAGAGACAAUUGAGGAGAAUUACACGGCGUGGAAGGAAGGGAAGUCUGGGAAUGUGCCAAGAAUGGUGCUUGUGGUGACUAAGAUUGAUUUGUUGCCGAGUAGUUUAUCCCCUACAAGAUUUGAGCAUUGGGUGAGGCAACGAGCCAGGGAAGGAGGAGCGGUUAAGAUCACGAAAGUGCAUUUUGUUAGCGCAGUGAGGAAUUGGGGAUUGAAGGGUUUGGUCGAGGAUGUGGUGGGAUUGGCAGGGUCAAGAGGCAAUGUGUGGGCAAUAGGAGCACAGAAUGCAGGGAAGAGCACAUUGUUAAAUGCAAUAGCAAAGUGUGUUGGAGAAGGAAGGGCUAUUAGUCAUUUGACAGAGGCACCGGUGCCUGGCACCACAUUGGGAAUUGUCAGGGUGGAUGGGGUGCUACCGGUUCAGGCUAAGUUGUUUGACACACCAGGCCUUCUGCAUCCCCAUCAGAUUACGACAAGGUUGAAUAGGGAAGAGCAGAAGCUGGUGUGUAUUAGUAAGGAGUUGAAACCAAGGACAUACAGGAUUAAGGCAGGUCAUACAGUUCACAUUGGUGGGCUCAUGAGGCUAGAUAUUGAAGAAUCAUCUGUCGAGACUGUAUAUGUUACAGUCUGGGCAUCUCCACUCCUUCCUUUACACAUGGGGAAAACUGAAAAAGUGGCGACAAUGGUGACAGGCCAUUUUGGUAGCCAGUUGCAGCCCCCUAUUGGGGAGAAACGAGCUGAAGAGCUUGGACAAUGGGUGAAACAUGAAUUUCGUGUCAGUGGUAGCACCUGGGAUUCAAGUUCUGUUGACAUCGCUGCAGCUGGUCUUGGUUGGUUUGCUGUUGGACUUAAAGGAGAAGCAGUUUUGGGUGUCUGGACAUAUGAAGGCAUUGAUGUUGUUCUUCGCAAUUCUUUGAUUCCUUACAGAUCUCAGAUUUUUGAAGAGUCAGGAUUUACAGUAUCAAAAAUUGUGGCCAACGCUGACCAAGCUUUAAAUAAGCCACAACGCCAAAGCGAGAAAAAGAAAAAACGUAAAGACCCCAAAGCUGCCUUUCCUGCUGAACUGCCAAGAUCAACUGUUGAAGCUAGCUCAAAUUCUUGCUAAAUGACCUUGUUCUGGAAGAAGAAGAAAGAUAUGUAUUACUUAUAUUACGAUUUUGAUCGGUGGAGGCAACCUAAGGGUCAUAAAGUGAACGGAGUAUGAACAUCAUACGAUACAAGAGCUGGCAACACAGCAACGCCUCUGAAGUUCUUCUGAUAGUAUGAAAUUAAUGGUUAGCAACUUUUCUUUCAAAGCAGCAAUAGAUGGAGGAUCAUAACUUUGAAGAAAGGCUCGAAUCAUACCUUCAAACCGAGAAGAAAACAUGCUAUGUAACAAAGGUUAGUAUACAUAGCCUGGAAUCCAGGAUGGCAAUCUGCGCCUGCGGUAGUUGAAGAUGAUGAUGCUGUUAAUGUAAAAGAUAUUUAUUGACCAGAUAAGACGGAUAAUGGGACGUCCUAGUUGUUAAUAGGAAUAACAGAAAGUCCUGUUGGAAUUUGGACAACCUGAUGUCACUUGAUCUUUUUUCAAUUGGAGCUUUGCGCUUAAAUUCUAUAUA